AUGGAAGUAGACAAUGAGACACUGGUGACAGAGUUCAUCCUAGUGGGAAUCUUCCAUCAUCCUGAAGCCCAGACUGCCUUCUUUUGCCUACUACUGAUUGUCUACCUUGUGACCCUGAUGGGAAAUGGCCUCAUUAUUGUAUUGAUCAUGGCUGAUCCCCUUCUCCACACCCCUAUGUACUUCUUCCUCAACAACCUCUCCUUCCUUGAUAUCUGCUACUCCUCCAGCUCUGUCCCUCAGGUCCUGGCAAGGAGUUUUGCAAAGAAACCCACUAUCUCCCUUAACAGUUGCUUGGCUCAAGGUUAUGUUUCCAUCUUCCUAGGCAUAACAGAGUGCCUCCUCCUGGCUGUCAUGGCCUAUGAUCGCUUUGCAGCCAUCUGCAACCCUCUGUGUUACUCUCUGAUUAUGAGUGGAAAGGUUUGCAUCCAGCUGGCUGCUUUUUCCUGGGUCAGUGCCUUUCUUCUUACUGUGAUCCGGCAAUUGGUCCAGCCAAAGCAUUUCUGUGGACAUGUUAUCAACCAUUUCUCAUGUGAACUGCAAGCAGUCCUUGAGCUGGCCUGUUCUGAUACCAGUUUCAGUGAGCUGGUCAACUUAGUCACUGCUCUAUUGGUUCUUGUGGCACCCUUCAUCUUCAUCAUAGUGACAUAUGUGCUUAUUGGGCAGGCUGUGUUGCAUAUUCGUUCAGCCCAGGGCAGAAACAAAGCCCUUUCCACCUGCAGCUCCCACCUGGCUGUGGUCAGUAUAUUCUAUGGUACAGCCAUGUUCAUGUACAUGAGACCUCAGUCCAAAUCAUUCUCUGACAAGGACAAGCUCAUCAGUAUGUUCUAUGGAUUCAUCACCCCAGUGUUGAACCCUCUGAUCUACAGCCUAAGGAACAAAGAUGUGCAGGGAGCACUGAAGAGGACAAUCAGGAGAACAGUGUUGCAUUGA